AUGUCGAAGUGGCUAUCAAGUGUCAAUAACCUAUUGGAAAAGCUCGACGAUACGGCUGAAGCUGUCGCCGAGGAGCGUAGAGCAACAGGGGAAGAAGAUACCCUUUCACCUGCUCCAGCAAUAGAGGAAAUACUGGCGAAACGAGGACUAGCUGACGACGGAGAUGAAAAACAAGUUCAAGCGGUACAGAGAGAUGAUGUAGAUGCUAUAGAGCUAGAUGACUUUGGUGCAUUCGAUGAUUUUGAUAACGACGUGUUAGGGGAUAAGGCGGGGUCCGUACCAGAGCAAGGAGAAUCUAGAUCAAAUGAGAACUUGGAGACGCCAACCGAUGACACUCCCAAUUCAGAAAACUAUGAAUCAGACCCAGAACCGAACGAGGAGGAGGAACUGAAGAGCAAGGGCGAAGAAGACAAGUUUUUCAUAGCUAUUGUACCAGAGAAGCAAGACAAGGGAGGCGCGCUAGCCCAAAGCGCAGAAACUCGUCAUGAUAAUAGAACUGAGGGAGUGAAAGAAAGUUCGGAACCUAAAGCAAGCAAGGUUCCAACAAUUCCACCGAAAUCGGCGCCAGCGAAGGCAUCAAAACCCGGAAGGGAAAAAGAAUUGGUGAUGGAAGCAAAGGAAGCUCAAAAGGAAGCAAGAACUUUGCGGCGACAUGUAGUAUCUCUGAACUCACAACUGGAAUCAGCUGAAAUCGAACUGCAAGCUCAAAGAAAAGAACUGGAAAGGGCGGCUGAGCAGAUGGAGAAAGACAGAAUUCGUACGAAAGAAGCGAAGGAAGUUGCGAUGAAAAUUCACACGAACGAAUUAGAAGCGCUUCGGUCGCAACAUGACAAAGCUCUAAAGGAGCAACAAGCGCGAUUCGAGCAGCAAGUUGACUCGUACCGCAAUAAGUUAACAGAUAUGAAAAGUCAGAAAAAGCAAGAAGAUGGCGAUUGGAGUAAGGAGAUGACGAGUGUUGUGAAACGAGAAAAAGAAUUGAAUCAACAAGUUAUGUCACUAGAGGACGAGAAAGUGACCCUACUCUCUCAAAUUUCCACCUUGCAGGGUCAACAAGAAGCUCUUGGAUCCAGAUUAGAGUCUCUCACACAAGCCGCGGAUAAUGCAGCUGAUCGUGAACAUGAAGCAGAAGACCGGCUUGACAAUGCCUUGACACAGCAUGCACGACAGAUCAGCCAACGACAGGCAAGAGAAGCAGAACUCGAACGCACUGUACAAGAACUCAAUGCCGCCCUGGUUGCAAAAGCAAGGAAUGGAGCUGUUCCCAGGUCACAACAGUCAAACAACAGAAUGUCGGGAGAAACAGAAGAUACCUCCCUUUCUGUUCGUAUGGAAACGCUCCAAAACGAAUAUGAUACUGCCGCAGCCCAUUUGGCUUUGGAGAAAGAGAAGAGCGAGGCAUUGCAAAUUCAGCUUCGCGAGAUGUCAAAGGAAAGUACACAGGAAGCCUCAGCAUCGCAUGCCAUGCAGCUCCAGUAUGAUAGGAAAGUCGCGGAUCUACAGCUCACUGUUUCAAAGUUACAGCAUGAAAAGACACAGAAAGAUACUAACGGGCUGGAUGCUUCAGGGACUGGAACUAUUCAAGACGAUCAUACUAUGUCAACCCAAGUGAAAGUACUGUCAGAGCAGCUGAUGAACCUUCGCGAAAAGAUCACAAAUCAAAGUAGCGAAAAUUCUGCCUUGAAAAAUCGACUACAAAUUGCAAUUGAUAGAGCCCAGGAGGCAGAAGAUCAGCUUGCUAUAAUAUCAUGCACUGGGGCGAAUGGAGACUACGAUUCCGUAGAAAAGGGCAAUUUGCAACCUGGACUCGGUCGUCGACGUAAAGGUAAAACUCCCAACAGUGGUUCCAUCCGAACGGCUAUGCUCCUGAAUACAGGUCAAGGAGAACGAACUGAACAAAUUGGAAAGGUUGUUGAUGUUGUUGAUUCAUUCGCUGUAACAACAGGAAAGUACCUCAGACGAAAUCCAAUCGCACGAGCAGGCUUUAUCUUUUACUUGGUCUUGAUCCACCUCUGGACGUUUGUACUCUUGUUCGUCCAUGCGCACUCUUUCGACACAGUCGGCGACAAUACUCAGGGAACCUCGCUUCGCGUUGUUCACGGCCCGGGCGCACUAAUGCAGAAGGAUCCUGGGCAAGGUGCGUCACCAUAA